GCCCCGGUCAGGCUGGGGGGCCCUGGGCCGGGCUGCUGGCGUUUGGGGGCUGCGAUAGGGCGCCCCGGCCCCGGGCCCCGAGAUAGCCCGUGGCACCGGCCUGCGAGGGCCGAUAAGGCUGCCCGAGGGAGCCGAGUCACCGGCCGCGAGGAGAGCCCGCAGGCUCCGCGGCCCCCUGGGAGCGCCUCCCGCCGCCCCCGGGGUCUCCAGCCCCGGGGAGGGGCUCUCGGUUCUUUCCGCCUGACUGUACCUUCUCUACUGCAGCCCCAAGGAGGCCCUCCUGACGACUGACGAGUUGCCAUGGCAUCCUACUACGAGAUCCUAGACGUGCCGCGAAGUGCGUCCGCUGAUGACAUCAAAAAGGCGUAUCGGAAGAAGGCUUUACAAUGGCACCCAGACAAGAACCCAGAUAACAAAGAGUUUGCUGAGAAGAAGUUCAAGGAGGUGGCCGAGGCGUAUGAAGUGCUGUCGGACAAGCAUAAGCGUGAGAUCUACGACCACUAUGGCCGGGAAGGGCUGACUGGGGCAGGUACUGGCCCGUGUCGGGCGGAAGCUGGCAGUAGCAGCCCUGGCUUCACCUUCACCUUCCGCAGCCCGGAGGAGGUCUUCCGGGAGUUCUUCGGGAGUGGUGACCCUUUUGCAGAGCUCUUUGACGACCUGGGCCCGUUCUCAGAGCUUCAGAACCGGAGUGCCCGACACUCGGGCCCUUUCUUCACCUUCUCUUCCUCCUUCCCUGGACACUCCGAUUUCUCCUCCUCAUCUUUCUCCUUCAGUCCUGGGGCUGGUGCUUUUCGCUCUGUUUCUACAUCUACCACCUUUGUCCAAGGACGCCGCAUCACGACGCGCAGGAUCAUGGAGAACGGGCAGGAGCGGGUGGAAGUGGAGGAGGACGGGCAGCUGAAGUCUGUCACAAUCAAUGGUAUCCCGGAUGACCUGGCACUGGGCUUGGAGCUGAGCCGUCGCGAGCAGCAACAGUCUGUCACCUCCAGGUCAGGGGCCACACAGGUCCGGCAGACCCCUGUGUCGCGACCCCCUGACAGCGACCUCUCUGAGGAUGACGAGGACCUGCAGCUUGCCAUGGCCUACAGCCUGUCAGAGAUGGAGGCAGCUGGGAAGAAACCAGCAGGUGGGCGGGGGGCACAGCGUCGACGGCAGGGGCAGCCCAAGGCCCAGAACCACGACCCAGGCGUGGGGGAGAUCCAUGAGGGUGCAAGGGGUGACACAGCCAAAUCCAGCCCAUCUCCGGAGGAGAAGGCGUCUCGCUGCCUCAUCCUCUGAUCACCAGGCCCAACCCACCCAAUUCAGGGGGCCAGGGGUCCUGUUCACUGUCAGGAGAGCAGAGAGGGGUGUGGCCUGAGUUGCAGGAGCCCCUCUCCACCUCCGUGCUCCCUCCCUGGUCCACCCCCCUCCAGCGUGGAGUCAGGAUUUGCUGUGCUCAGCCCACGGCUGAUAGGUCCCUGGCAAAGCCCAGGGUGGGGGGCCUCAGGGCAGUGGGAGGGCCUGAGGAGCCAGGAUUCACUUAUUCUUAUCAGACAGGGAGUUUAAAGGGGCAUUAGUGGCUUGGGUCAGGCCUUUCGUGCCCAGGUCUUCUGCCACCUGUGUUGCUGAUGAUAUUAAGGAAGGAGGACUUGGCCUGAGGUUCUCUGAGCCAGAGUCGGCAGCCACGGCUCUCCUUAUCCGGCUGCAGACAACCCCACCCUGGUUUCUGCGCAGUGUUGAGCUCUGACGUCUCUGUUGCUUCCCUCCUGGUGCUGCUUCUCCCUCGCACUCUUCUCUCUGCAAUUCCCCGUGGGCCGCGUCGCUUGCUUUCACUGCCGUCUGGCUGGGACUCCCUUCUUGCUUCCCCAGAAGGCCUCUUUGUGGCGAGGAAGAUUCUGUGGCCAGUAGGGCCAUAAGGUCUUCCGGGGAGACUAGCUGGGUGGGGCGGGAGCCUCUCGGCCGUCCAGAUUCGGAACCGGAGCCUACUCCUCCUCCCUUCCUCUUGCUGCCUCAGCCUGCCCCAGGCCUUGGGACUAGCCAGAGGUGAGGCCGGCUAACCCUGGAGAGGGGGGAUAAGGCCAGGUUGCCCCAGGAGGGAGGCUUAAGAGGGGACCAUACCCCAUCCUCCUGCACCAUGCAUCAGGGCUCAGGGAGAGGCCACAGGGCUAGCCCAGGGCUGCAUGCUCAGCUCCGUCCUCCACGGCUUGCUGCUGACCCUCUCUCCUGUCACCCCGCCCCCGCUCUCUCCCCAGAUGUGUUCUGAGCUGGAUGUCCGGGACCCAGAAUGGCUGCACAGUUCCAACAGGACAGCGCCCAACCCUGUGCACUGGGAGGGGACCCUCCAUUCCUCUCCCUCGCCCAUGCUGAGCGUAGAGCCGGGCCUGGGUGGUGGGUGGGGGCUGGGUGGGAAGUAGUCUUAGCCUGUAAACGCUUCCCUGGGUGUUUGGUGCUGUCUCUUGGGGACUACAAGUCCCAGAAUGCAACGCACCAUGCCUCCUUUCUGUUAGAUCAUGCUUGGGGGAAGUGGUGCACAGUUAUGGAGCUGUGCAUCUUGGGACAUGUAGUUCCAGCCCUGGUCGGCUUGUUCACUCACUGUGAGAUGGGGCGAUCGUGUUCUUUGAUUUGUCCCUGGCAGGGGUGGCAAGAAUGUGGAUGAAGGGGUAAUGGUCUGAGCUUUGUUUCCCCUUACACCUCUUGCUAGCGCCGGGGUUAGAGUGUACCAGUCAAGGCCCUGUGGCAUCUCGGAGAGGCUCUUUUCCUGUGGGCAGUCCCGGGGUCUGAGAAUGAGCCACGGCUGAUCGGCUAAGCAGGGCUUGGUCUCAGAAGGCUGACAGGCGUGGGAGCUUGGAAGCUAGCCCUCUCGGUGGUGGUGGUGGGCGGGGGUGGGGUGGCGGUGUGUGGCUGGAAUUGGUGUGUGGUGGGUGCUCUGGGCAUGUUGCUGCUUGUAUGGCUUCUUCGGCCUCUGACCCCGCUGCCCAUUCUUUCUCUCCAACACCACAGAAGCUGCCUCUCCUCCUCCCUCCCUGGGGAGCCCGGUGGCUGGGGAGGGGAGUGGUGGAGCCGGGGUGUUGCCAGACCCUGAGCCGUUGAGUCUCAGAGACCUAUCAAAGCCAGCGGGGCUGAGCUCAGACCAAGAGGGAGACACUGGAACUCAAUAAAGCUGAGUUUCGAGAGUU